AUGACUGGGAUUGGCUCUUCAUGUGGAGCGUGCAAGUUCCUGAGGAGAAAGUGCACCAGUGAAUGCGUGUUUGCUCCUUACUUCUGCUAUGAACAAGCUGCAACCCACUUUGCAGCAGUGCACAAGGUGUUCGGUGCAAGUAAUGUUUCCAAGUUAUUGUUUCACUUACCAGUACACAACCGAAGUGAUGCUGCAGCCACCAUUUCUUACGAAGCUCUAGCUCGGGUGCGGGACCCUGUGUAUGGUUGUUUUGCUGAUAUCUUUGCACUCCAACAACAGGUUGCCCACUUACAAGAGGAGAUUGAAAUCCUUGGGAGCCAAAUGGCUAAUUUCGCAGUUGGUGUUGCUAGUUGUGGAAGUUCUCAAGCAACUACCAACCCAUCUAAUGGAUUACAAUUCUCAUCGCAACAUGAUGUGAUACACACACAAUACUAUCAAAAUCAACAAGCUGCACUACUUUCCCAUACAGAAAGUGCAACUCCCAACCAAGCCUUUGAUACCCAGAUGGAUAUACCGCUCCAUCCUCUGUAUGGAUGGGAAAACCAAAACUUAUUUGAUGACUCUGGCCAAAAUCUCUUAGAGAGCAUCCUUGAGGGAAUAGAAGAAGAGAACUUCACACGUUACCCAUGGUUGUACAACAGUACCGAUGCCAAAACUUGAGGGAGUUGCAGUCUCUGCAUGAGAAAGUACUGAAUGGUUUCGAAAGAACAGAAAGCUUGUGUUAUGACUCCUUUCGGCUUCCUUCAGAUGGUAACAAGUUUUGUACUAGGCUUGAUUUUGCAAUUUAAGCUGGUUUUUGAGGUGUAGGCAUAGCUUAUUCUAGUUUAAACCCUUAAUAAAUAUCCUUCUCUUGUAUACAUUUGACCUCAUUCCUUCACUUAACAACAAAUCAUAAUUCAAACUUUAACAACAGCAGCUCAAAAAGUUGUCGCUAGCGAGCAUAAACGACUUUAGUCAUCACGGAUGAUCGUCAUUAAUGCUCUCCUAUUAUUGACAACAAAGUUGAUCGCUAAUACACAUCAAGUGGUUGCUAAUAUGUCAUCAUCGCGAAUAUUUUAACAACAUUAGCGACGACAUCGACUUCGUUGUCGUUGCAGAUACAUAUAAAUUCUUAUUCAAUUUUUUAAAUUUAAUAUAAUACCUAAAUUAAA